GCGCCGGUGGAAGUGAGUCGCAGUGCGGGCUGAAGGAUGUUCAGUGAUCCACCGGUGAUGAUGAUGAUGAUGAUGAUGCUCACACACAUGAGCAGAACAUCUGACUGAUCUUCAUCUUCAUCUGCGCUCAUCAUCAGAAUCUUUACCUCAGUUUGAGUCUGAAUGUGAACGCGAGCGAUAAGUGGAUUUAUGACAUCUCAUGAGAAAUAAAGCAAAUGUGGAUGUUUUUAAUUGGAAUUCAUCUUUUAUUCGUUUGGGAAACACGGAGAAUCAUUUUCUGUGUCUGAUGCUCUUCACUGAGAUCUGGAUCCAUCAUUUCAGGAUAUUCAGACAGUAAAAGAUGAAGUCGCGGGUUCCUCUGCAGAUUCUGCUGUAUGCAACAGUCAUCAGGAGUCUGAAGGUGUUGUCCAAACGCGGAUCAGUGGACGGCUGUACGGAUUGGUCUGUGGACUACCUGAAGUAUAAAGUUCUGUUGGGCGAGCCUGUGAGGAUUAAAUGUGCAUUAUUUUAUGGAUAUAUCCGUGCAAAUUACACACACGCUCAGAGCACUGGACUUAGUUUGAUGUGGUACAAAAGCACCGGACAUGGAGACUUCGAGGAGCCCAUUUCAUUUGAUGGCAUCCGCAUGAGUAAAGAGGAAGACUCCAUCUGGUUCAGACCGGCUGAGAUGCACGACGUGGGUCAUUAUUCAUGUGUGUUGAGGAAUUCGACAUACUGUAUGAAAGUGUCGAUGUCACUCACAGUGGCGGAGAAUGACACGAGUCCCUGUUACAACUCCAAGAUGAGAUACUUUGAGAAAGGCGAGUUGAGUAAAAGCAAAGACAUUCUGUGUCCAGACAUAGACGACUACAUACAGUCGGGAAAAGAGCCAGACAUCACCUGGUACAAGGAAUGCCGGCCGAAACCGUGGAGGCAAAGCAUCAUCAGAAAAGCAGAUUUACUUUCCAUUAAAGACGUGCGGGAAGAUGACAUUGGGAAUUACACGUGUGAAUUACAGUUUGGGAGUUUUGUGGUGAGGAGGACGACUGAACUCUCCGUCACAGCGCCAUUAACGGACAAACCCCCGAAGAUCCUCUACCCAUCUGAAAAUAAAGUCAGCAUCAUGGAGCUGCAUUUAGGCAGCGCUGUGAAUCUUACCUGUCGAGCGUUCUUCGGCUACAGUGGUGAUGCGAGUCCACUCAUCUACUGGAUGAAGGGAGAGAAGUUUAUCGAGGAUCUGGACGAAAGUCGAAUCAGAGAAAGUGACAUUAAAACGCUUCGAGAACACUUGGGUGAGCAGGAGGUUUCUAUCUCACUGAUGAUAGAUGCUGUUGAGGAGACUGACCUGGGAAACUAUUCCUGUUAUGUGGAGAAUGGCCACGGAAGACGGCAGGCCAAUAUACAACUGAGCAAGAGAGUAGAGCUCAUGUAUACGGUGGAGUUAGCUGGUGGUUUGGGAGCGAUCCUGCUGAUGUUGAUAUUUUUGGUGUCGCUGUAUAAAUGUUACAGAAUCGAGCUCAUGCUCUUCUACAGAAAUCACUUCGGCAGUGAAGAUCUGGACGCAGAAAAUAAAGACUAUGACGCAUAUGUGUCAUACACUAAAGUUGAUCCAGACCAGUGGAGUCAGGAGACGAGAGAGGAAGAACAUUUCGCUUUGGAAAUUUUGCCUGAUGUUCUGGAAAAGCAUUAUGGGUAUAAACUCUUCAUUCCUGACAGGGACUUGAUCCCAACUGGAACAUACAUUGAGGAUGUCACUCGCUGUGUUGACCAGAGUAAACGUCUCAUCAUCGUCAUGACGCCCAAUUACGUGGUGCGACGCGGCUGGAGCAUCUUUGAGCUGGAGACACGCUUAAGGAACAUGCUGGUUACUGGAGAAAUUAAAGUUAUUCUCAUCGAAUGCGCAGAGCUGCGAGGGAUCAUGAACUAUCAGGAAGUUGAAGCUCUCAAACACACCAUCAAACUUCUGACGGUGAUCAAGUGGCCUGGACCAAAGAGCAGUAAACUAAACUCCAAGUUCUGGAAGCAGCUUCAGUAUGAAAUGCCCUUUAAACAUCCAGAGCCCAAGCUGUCGCAUGAGCAGGUGCUGGAUGUGAGCGAGCAGGGACCCUUCGGCGAGCUGCAGACCAUCUCCGCUAUGUCUAUGGCCGCAGCAACUUCCACCGCCAUGGCGACUGCACAUCCAGAGCUUCGCUCUACUUUCCACAACACAUACCACACGCAGCUGCGACAGAAGCAUUACUACAGGAGCUACGAGUACGACAUCCCUUCGUCUGGUACCCUCCCACCCCUGUCAUCAAUAGGCAACCAACACACCUACUGCAACAUCCCAAUGACACUUCUGAACGGACAGCGGCCACAGGGGAAACCACCCCGUGAGCAGCAGCAGGCGAUAGAAGAGCAACACAUUAAUAAUGCAAUGCUGCCACUGUUGCCCCGAGAAACCAGCAUCUCCAGCGUCAUCUGGUGACAUCAUCAGGAAAGAGACAUUUUUAUUAGUUGAAUGCUAAUAGAACUUAAGACCCUUACAAACAAACCAAUGCCUGCUGCUGUUGACUUGUACCAAGAUUCACAGGGAUUUGAAAUAUUAAGACAAGAACUCUGAUACGGUCACCACGACCGUACAUGAAAUCAUAACAGGCACUGAGGGGGUUGAAAUGAAAGAAAACUUGCAAAGCUCAUUCUGUUUCAUUCUUACACAAAAAACUCACGUAUAUACUCUCAAUGAACACAGGGUCUUGUAUAUAUAUUUGCAGUUUCUUUGUAGCAAUGGUAUUUUUU